GCCAAUCACUCACAUAUCUGAGACAACCAGACCUACAGCUGAACAGGAUCUGCAACAUGGGACAAGGGGAGCCAGCGACGACGAACGAAUACAGUGACUAUUAUUCAUCAAAUAGUGAGUUCACUGAACAGUGUAACAACUCCAGUGUUCGGGAGUUUGGCCGCAUCUUCCUCCCCACCCUCUACAGUCUGGUCUUCAUCGUGGGCCUCCUGGGAAACGGACUGGUGGCUUAUGUGCUGUUGGCGUACCAGAGGAAGACCAUGACCAUGACCGAUUUGUGUCUGCUUCAGUUGGCCGUGUCUGACCUGCUCUUCAUCAUUUCUCUGCCCUUCUGGUCCCACUAUGCGGCGGCAAGAAAUUGGCCCUUUGGGGAAUUCCUGUGCAAAACUGUGACUGGUCUGUACCUGCUGGGCUUCUAUGGCAGCAUCUUCUUCAUGGUGCUGAUGAGCAUGGAUCGCUACGUGGUCAUCGUCCAUGCUGUCACCACUGCCAGACACAGAUCCAUGCGUGUGGGUAUGGCCCUGUGUGGAGUGAUCUGGCUCAUCAGUUUCUGCGCGUCUCUCCCAACCUUCUUGUUCACACAAGUGAAAAAUGAGUCCGAUUCUUUCACCUGUAAGGUAGAGUUUCCAGAGGGCAGCUCAUGGAAGCAGUUCACAUAUUUUCAAAUGAACCUGUUAGGGUUAUUGCUUCCUCUCUGUAUUAUGAUGUACUGUUACUCCAGAAUAAUCCCCACUUUAGUCAACCUCAGAUCUGUCCAAAGGCACAAAGCCAUCAGACUAAUUUUAAUUAUCAUCAUUAUGUUCUUCCUCUUCUGGACUCCAUACAAUGUCACCAUAUUCCUGCGUGCUCUGCAUACCUUAGGCUACUUCAGUGAAUGUGAUUCCAUCAGGAAUUUAGAUUUUUCCCUGCAAUGUACUGAGGCUAUUGCAUUCACUCACUGCUGUUUGAAUCCAGUAAUCUAUGCUUUGGUGGGCCAGAAGUUUCAGCGAAUGGUCAUCAAGUUGCUUCAGAAAUGGCUGUCACUUUUCUCAUGUAAUUUCUAUAAUUCUUCUACUGCAGAGUUGUAUGAGAGAAGGGGUUCAACCUUCUCUAGAUCUUCUGAGAUGACCUCUGCUCGGUUUCUGUAAGUGUAAAUCUCAUAAAAAACAAAAAUGCCAAGUUACUCAAAAGUAUUGAUAUCAAAAUGACGCCAAGUUACGAUACU